CAAUAUGUGAAUCAUUUCUCAAUGCAGUAUACUACCACUGAUAAAUCUGCUGUACCCGUCAUAUCCCUUGCUAUCGACCAACCUGUGACUAUCGUGGGUGGGGAUGGCAAAGAGUACAAGGUAGUUCUACAGGCGGUUGAAGAAAAACCCGAUCGAAAGAGGAAAUUGCUCAACACCUCGUACACACCAAAGCCAAAACGAGCACCUGGACUUACCCUGGCAAAUAUGAGCAUUGAAGAAAUUAACAAAAGAAAAAGAGAGCAGAACAGAAUCGCUGCCCAGAGAUAUCGUCAGAAACAAAAAUGUUCCAAGGAUGCUGAUAAAGAAGUGAGCCUUAAAUGUUUUGGUGAACAUCCCCACCACACCAGUUUUCUUAUUACUAAUGCUUGUUCCCUACACUUUACAAUUUGCAAGGAACUGUUUCGACCUAGAGGUGAUUCUUCACGCGAUACUUGGACUUAG